AUGGCUUCUGGAUUCGGAAGCUCUUCAUACUACGACAAGCGACAAAGACAAUCACCCGCCCUCAUCCGAGCAAGGCGGCCCUACAUCUUUAAGAACGCCGUUGUCGGUUCUUUAGUUGGCGCCUUUGCUAUUGGUGUUUAUGCCUACACCAUCAGCGUUGUCGGACAAGAUGAGUUCGAGGACGUAAAGGUCCCUGAUGCGCCAACGCAAUCCGCCAAGAAAUAA